AUGAGCAAAGGUGACUUUCACAAAGUUGACUCGUCUACGAAUUUUCUCCUUCUACAAAAAAACAGUUCGCGGCAAACUUGCGGAAACUGUUUGCGUCUUUUCGGUAACUGCGACGAUGAUAAGGCAAGUUUCAUUAGGUGUGACUGUGGAGAUAUCUUCUGUAGACGAGAUUGUGCACCGCAUGCGAUGCGGGAAUUAGGCUGGCAUUCAAUUUUAUGCUCAAAUAGAAGUGAACCAAUGUUGGAAUUCUACGAGUAUUGCCGAAGGUCGAGCGAAAGUUUCACUUUUGCUGCUAAGGUGCUUGCUCAACUUUUAUCAGCAAUGUCAGAGUGUGAAACGAGCGUAUCAAAAAUACAAUUGAGUUGGUCGGAGCAAUUCGAUCCGCGUCAUAAGUGGUCCGAACUUGCUGCACGCGCCAACUGGGAGUGUACGGACUUCUAUGAGUUUGUGCGACGAGCGUGUAUUUUAGAACAUCAAAUAGCAGAUGCAUGGGACUUAUUGAAAGCACAUUUGAAUAAUAGAUUUGAUCUAGAGACAAAAACACGAUUUGCCGAGCUUUUAGACUUUGAGAUGUACGCAGAUAUAGUGGCUUCCAUUCAGCGGUUUGCUGUAGCUAUUGGUACAGAGAAGACAACAAUUCCACCGACACGCCAAUCUCCUUCCCAAAAUGGUGAUACUCAUCCUGCAUUAGCUCAUUACGGCUCAAAGUUUGAUAUUCAUCCGAAAGUUUCAUACCAUUGUGCAAUUAUGAAUAAAUUGCCAGAUUACUGCGGUUUUUUGUUGGCACCAAUUCUGACCAAAUUCCAACACAGCUGCAAUCCAAGUGUGCAAGUUGAAGCUAAUUCAACCCUUUCACAGGUGAAAUAUGGAUAUAUAGCGCUCAGAGAAAUUGAUCAGAUGGAGCCGAUCUCUUUGACAACUAUACCUCUUCAUUCUAGUGUAAGUGCCAGAGAUGCCUCACUGUUGAGGCAGCUUGGUAAAGUUUGCGUUUGCUCGCGUUGUUCGUGGGAACGAGAAGAUUUUGGUAGAGUUUCGCCCGAACAAAUGAAGCAAUUGGCUCUUCAAGCGCAGGAAGAGGGGCGAUACUCAGAGGCAGAGCUCUUAUUUCACUGCACACUUCUUCACAAUCCACACGACACAGAUGUGCUUCAUGCGUAUGGUGUGACGCUCCUUAGUCAAGGCAAAUGGAAACUUGCCCACAGUAUCUGGCAACUCGCUUUUAAGGUUGACAAAGCUCAUCUAUGGCUAUCGAAACAAUUCAACAAAGAUGUUUCAUACGCAGCGUAUUUAUGUAGAAAAUGUCCCGAAUACUAUGUGUCUUUUCAGACUAUUUCAAUUGAUGAAAUUUAUUUGACAACAAAUAGUGCAAUAUCACCAUCAGCUUGUUCUAGCUGGAUUAAAACCGCCGAAGCUCAUGCAACAAAUAGAGGAGGCUGGGACACAGAUCGUCACAAAUCUGUAGCCACAACUGAUUUGCCUAUACACGAAAUUCCCUCUGUCUUGCGAGAGUGGAAUUUGAUCUUCGGGCAAAUCAUAGGUCCCUUCAUUCAAGAACGUUUCAGAGUCGAUGGUGACACGAAUCUUAGGGUUCACGAUGCAUUCAUAGUAAAAUACGAUGCCAGUGAUGGACAGUGUCAGCUACCAGUACACACCGAUCAAGGUCACUUCUCCAUAACUCUUUCUCUAAAUGAUCCUAUACAAUACAAAGGUGGCGGUACGAUUUUCCCGGAGCAUGAGUUCAUUGUUCGACCAAAGUGUGGAGAUUUCGUCGCUUUCAGAAGUUAUCUGACGCACGGUGGCGUGCCAAUCACAUCUGGAGUCAGGUACAUAGUCGUGGCUUUUCUCUACUUGAGUUGA